AUGACACUGGUCGUCGAUCAUAGUGGAAGGAUUCACGAUUCCCGUUCAAAGCCGUCGAUCAAAGAUAUCGUUUGCAACAAAGAGGCUUCCAGGCUUCGUCGAUUGCUGAAGCGGUCAAAGACUGCCAAGUCAAAACGCCUGACGGAGCUGAAGGAGGCGGCGCGGAAGGCUGGCUGGAAUGUCAUUCCAGGUUCCAAGGGAGACUCCAAUGUUAAAACCGGGCUUGGUGACGCAGAGGGCCUGAGUGAACUCAGCGCUGCAUCGUCCAUGGGGCCUUCCAGCGAUUUGUCGGUGGCAUCACUGGGAUCCAAGGAUGAAAAGUUGGUGAGGGUUGCAAAGCAAUUGCAGGCUUUGAAAGUAGCUCUGGAGACUACCAAUCCCAUGAAACCUCAUGAAAAUCCAUUGCCAAAAGGUGAUGUGGGCAAGGCCGAUCGAUCUCAUGUGAGUGUCAUUCCAACCCCGCAACAGAAGCCAAUGUCGAAACUACCAACUGGGGAAAAGGUUUCAGACAUCGUUCGCUUGUUGAAGAGCAAACCCACUGCAGCUGAUUCGAACAGUGGAGAUCCAGAACAGACUUCCAGGGAUGUUUGGAAAACCCACGAAUCGGAACAGGUUUUGGACUCUUUGGACAAGGUGAAGGGCAACUCUGCGCAACCAUUCCCACUUCAUGCGAAGUAUGUCCCGGCGAUCUUGGCUGCGAAAGCUGUGGAUGGAAAUUGUGAAAAGGAUGACGACGAUGGCGAUGUUAGAGACUUUUGUGAGGUGUUCUCCGGCAAAGGUGAGAUUACUCGAGCACUCCGGGCUGCCAACCUUAAGGGCUGUGCCAUAGACAUCGACGACAACCCCCGGGCUUUCGACUUAACGACCCCAAGCGGGUUCGCGCCCCUUGGCUUAUUGAAUUACCUGUGGCUGACCCUGAACGAAGUCUUACGAUGCAAACCCGGGAGUCUUCUGGUCUUAGCUCCGGUGUGCACUUCAAUGUCUGCUAUGAGCCGGCACACUUCGGGGAGAUCCUAUUUGAAGCCCUAUGGCAACACCAACUACGAGUUUGUGGAGCUAGGCAACACGCUGGCUUGCAGGUGCAUUCUCCUGAUCCUGGUGGCGCACUGGCGUGGACUACGUUGGUUGCUGGAGCAGCCGGAUGGCUCAUUUUUGCAGUACUUGCCAAGGUUCCAAUGGUUACUUCAAGUGAUCAAGGUCUAUGUGGCCUACUUUUACAUGGGAAAGUUCAAGGGCGAAACGCCAAAGCGCCACCGUGUGUGGAGCAAUGACCACAUGUUCUUGUCCGAGAUUGUCAACCGGGCUGGAUACAUGAGCAGGCAAGAACAGCAGGCUUGCCAUGUGAAAACAACCCGUAAGUACAUCGACAAGAAAGGCGUUUCAAGAUGUGUGGGCAUCAAGGAUGUCUUGAAGAAGAGCCAGUAA